CAAAUGUGGAAAGAAUAUUUGGCCAGUCUGAAAGACCGCACACAAGUGAACACAAAUCUCCCAAAAACGUAGAAUCAAGAACUCCCGUCGAAGGUGAAAUCGUACUGGUCAACGAACAGGAUGCGCCCCGCGGAACAUGGAAGCUCGCAAAAAUUCGGGAACUAAAUGUAGGAGGAGACAGUAGAGUAAGGAGCGCCUUGAUAGAACUAGCACGUGGAAAUUGUUUAAAUCGACCAGUAAAUCUAUUGUGCCCUCUAGAAAUCGAACAGGAAAAUGAAACAACAUCUGAAUCAACAAUUCCCGAUAAAAUAGAAAACGAAGAACCAACUGCGAGCAGAGCACGAAAUGCUACGAGGAAACAGCAGUGUCAACAGGAGUCAAGGAUAAAAUCAUCCAAGUCCACUUCUUCUCUGAAGAAAUUGUCACCAAUGACCAUGAUGACUCUAAUAUUAAUACAAGUUGUGGCAAGUGAAAAUUGCACGUGGAUAACGGGAAUACCAUUUAACCUUCCAGAAAAAUGGAAUUGCGAAGAAACAAUGGAGCUGAGUGCAACUGAAACUAAAACCUCAUUUCUGUUCAAGGGCGAAUUUAAACCCAAAAUGGCAUCAAAUUGUGAAUUCGUUGAUCCACUUAUGAUGCAAGGACAUCAUCAUUGA